UUCCAAAACAAUCAUGUCUACUUCGUACUCGUCUAAGAUGGUCUGAAAAAGUGUUGUGGACUACACACAGGGCACAGUAAACUAAUCAAGCAACUUCAGAGAUAUUAUGGCCUCCUCCAAUCCUGGAAGUGCACAAAGCCGCACUAGCUCUAUUGGUUCUGCAGGAUCGAGAGGCUCUCGCACACCACCAUCCAGUGCAGGUAAAACAAGUGUUGGAAAGAGCAAGUCUUCAAUGACAUCACAAGCCAAUGCUUCGAAGCCCAGACCAUCUGAUCGAUUGAAUCCGAAAACAGUUGAUCCGUUUUCCAAUGGUACGAAAGGCCAAAGUGCGUUUGCUUCAGUCUAUGCCAAUGGUGGUGUACCAUGCAGACUUAUUCACGGUAGUGUCAAACACAAGCUGGCCUGGGACACUCCACCGGAGCAAGUGCAGUUUGAUCCUGUGCUAGUCACGCUUGCAGAGGGCUUGAAAGAGACAGUACAUCCAUACACAUUUGUUUCCUGCAUGGGGUUCAGAGAAUUGCUCAGUACACCAGGAGCCUCUCAGAAAGCUGUUCCCCUCUUACCAAAAUUGGCUCCACCAAUACGCGCUGCACUUGGCCAUUCAGACAGUUCUGUGUUUGAGCGUGGUAUGGAUGGUCUUUUACAGCUGAGUGCAGCGGUUGGGCCUGCAUUAAAUGUGUAUUUGAAGACAUUCCUAAUGGCGCUGUCGAAACGAAUUAUGGAAAAGAAGUAUAAAGAAAAAGUGACUGAAUCAUUACAAGCGCUUGAACAGAAUGGUGGAAAGGAAGCCCUGCCCAUUAUCAAGUCCAAAGUUCCCACAUACUGUUCAAUUUGUGGUUAGUACAGACCAGAUUUGGUCCCCAUAGAAAGCAAUGGCUGUGAUAUGGUUGCUUUAUAAAAGCUAUUUAUUAUGAUGCCGAUUGAACCCUUGCAUCAGAUUAUGAAAUCUCAGUGGAAACUUAAAAACAAAUAUCAGGUCUUUAUUUUAAAAUGUUUAUUUUGACAAUGUUGUUAAGAAAUGCAGGAAAGAAAUAUCAGCCAUUUUGUGGAGUGCCCAUAAAGUAUUUCCUGAAACAAUUCUUUAGCUUUGAUGCUUGCUCAAGUAAUACUUUUAAAAGAACUAGCUAAUCAGGCAUGUUCAUAUGCUAUUGUCAGUUAUCUGAGAAUGGAACAGUAACUAGAGUUGCGUCAUUUCUGAUUUUAGCCUUGAAUUCCCACAACAAAUGUCAUCUUUUGUAGAUGAAGAAUUAUAAUAAAUUUGUGAAUGAGGACUUUUAUCCAAAUAAGCAAAAGUGUUUCGCCUUUUGCGGCAUCUAUUUGGCUUCAUUUUCUGUGACCUUAGCCUCAUUUUGACUUGCCAUGAGUGGAAAGUUUCAGUAUUAACUCUUACAUUACUAUCGAAGUUGCAGAGUGUGUGUUCUAUCUUUCUGUAUUGUCCCUGAUAUGGUAAAAAAAAUUGUAUGUUAUCACUGGCCUAACGGUUUGUAGUUUGAGUGUCCCUACCCUUUUUCCUCACUUUCUGGUUUUAUAGUUUCUUCAUCAGCUCUUGAAAGAGGUUAUGUCAAUGCCUGCAUGCCAUUUUCACAAUUCCUGCAUUUCUCGAAGCAAGUUCUUAGCUCUAUUCUUGAAAGCGAUAAAGAAAGGAAUUAUUUCCUCAUUUUUAAGCAACCCACAGGGAGAUGCACUUUCAUCUCCAGUGUUUAAGCACCUUUUCAUUAUUUGUCUUUCUCACAAUAAUGAACUGACAAGUGCUUAUAUGUGCAUUGUGAAGAAACAGCUGCUUCCGUGGAGCUGUGAUUUUUUUUUUUUUUCGCCCCAUUAUGUGAAGCUUGUCUUAGUUUAGUGUGUAAGCUUGAAUCAUGCAGCUUUCAUAUCUUGAUUUUGUGCUUCCUGGCUUUGGCUUACUUUACACUUAUGAAGAUUGAUAAACACCAAUCUGUUUGAUACCUGUUGGUUUUGUAUUAAUACAGAAUGUCACUGAAAUACAUUUUAUGUGAUAUGGAGUUGAUCUUAUAAAGCAUGUUUUUACCCAAUAAAUGUGUGAAAUAGAUAACAUAAUGCAAGAAAUUAGGCAUACAGGCAUUGAGUUAAUGCACUCGAGUCAGUUUCUUCCUUAGAUAACUGAAUCUUUGCAGUGUGCUCAGACCAUCCUGGGCCUUCUAAAGCUGUUGGUAGAUAGGUAUUGCGAGUUUUUAACCAGCUUUGUUGAAGUGAAAGUCCAGCUACAUGAGGCUUUCAUAAUCUGAAGUAUGGGUCAUAUUUGUUGAUUUUUCAAAUGCAAAAACUGCACAAUACACCUUUGUGCCUGAGGUCAUUGUUGUGCUGUACAAAAUGGUCACAUAUUAGUCUUUUGUUUUGAAAUGUAGUAUUUUUAUUUUCAUGUAUGUACUAUUGUUUGCUAGUCUUGUUUGGUGGAGUGUUACAAGUCAACUUUUAUACUAUUAUCUUUAAUCCAUGUAAAAGAAUGUCUUAUGUAUUGACCAAGGACUAACAGGACUGUUCCCUUCUCUUUUUUUUCAUUUUCUUCUUUUUCUGUGAAACUGAGUUUCUACUUUUUUUUUCCAUUUCUGCAAAAACAAAAUUGAUAAGAAAUAACACUAUUGAUAAGGGAAAAGCAAAAAUGUAUUGUCUCUGUUUGUAAGUCUGUCUCUGUUGUUUUAGCAAGAACAUUUUUUUUCUCACAUAAUGGUGCCGCUUUAUUCAACUGCAUUCUUGUAAUGUUUUACUACUUCUUUAGACAUUUUGUUAAAAAUCUUUGUUCUGCUUAAUGAUGUCUUUACCAGUGAAAGACAAUUUUUCCCUGAAGACAGCUUUGUCUGGUUAUGAACUUUUGUUUGUGUUUGCAGCUGAGGGUACUGGCUCUCUCACAAAAAUCUUAUAAAUGUGUGGCUAGGAUAAGUCUUUGGGAUAAUAUAUAACCUUUUUUCAAUUUAUUCUAGUGUGUCAUGAGUGCUUUAAGUUGUGUUUUAUUUUUGUAUAAUAGCUAUUACCAACACUAUACUGUCAAAUUUCCUUAAGUUAUACCAUCCCCCGUUAUACCGCCAGUCUUGUUUAGCUACAGGAGAUUGCUACUUUGUGCAUACGCAAAUUUUUUUUUCUUGCCUUUCUGUUCUAAUCUAGCAACAGUGUCUUUUCUUUUUGUUCUUACUCUGCUUUCAUUGUUCCUGCCCCUCCCAAUCUUCAAAGAAAUUUCACAUUUGAUUGGAGCAGAUGAUGGUUAGUGCCACAGAGGUGGUGCCUAGUUGUGUCAGAAAGAACACGUCAGUCCAAAUUGAUUCUCAACGCUUAACCACAUGUACCCAAUUAUCCUCUUGAACUUUCUGAGAAAAAAAUCUUUUACUUGUUAUGCUCUUUUUUCCUCUUUAAGUGGUUUUGAGAGUAGAUGGGAGGGCAUUUGGACAAAGGAGUACACGAACUAUAAUUAUAAUGAUAUGUUUUGUACAUUCUGUAAAUUCUUCCAUUUUUCUGACGGUCACAUUUCUUUUCUGUCAAAGCAUCGUAGCUGUUGAGGAUAAUUAUAGCCUUUUGUCUUUGUUAAUACUUUAGUUAAGA